GGCCUGCACGUAGUUUAACUAAACUACCCCAACUUGGUGGAUACCGACACCGGGGGUCGGACGAGUAAGCUUCAACUCCGCAGCCCACCGACGUUUGCCGCCUUCUUGGAGGCUGGGCUGUGGACUACAAAUAUCUCAGUCGCGCCGUUCCCUCUUUUUUCAUUCUGCUUUGUGAGAUCGUAGUGAUGAUAUAAUCAUCGCAACCUGAACACCCCUCCGCUAGCGCACCUUGAAGAAGAAGAGAAGGAAUAAAGCAGUCAAGCAUCAUGGACCAGGCAGCUUUUUUGCUCGAUGGUCUCCCCAAGGCGAUGGACCUCCUGGUCCAGUAUUUCUCGCUGAUGAACACCAUGACAAAGGUCGUGUUGUUCUCGCUCCUUGUGAUGGUUGUGCAGAGACAUAGAUCUAAUAAGAGAGCGGAAAUAGAGCGUCAGAAAAAAUUCGAUGCUAUCUUGUGUACUUCAGAUUUCCCCCUCGUUGAGCCAUUACAGAAGUUCGACUGGGAAAAAACUGAGCCACUCAAACUGCGGCCGUAUAAGCCUAAAUACCAUCUUACAAUGGGUCUCGAAAAUCUCGACCCCAGUGAACUCAUCCUGAUGGACAAAACAUACAAAGAGAGAAUAACCCUCCGCCGCGAACUGCUUAAGAAGUACCCUGAUGUCGUCUGUCGAGUGAACAAGGACGAUGAGGAAGACCCGCGGAUCCGUCCCGCCGUUCAUGAGCUUUACAGAUACAUUAUGGGUAUAUAUCUCCCCAAUAGAUACCCACAGAUGUUCAAACUUGUCCAGACCGAUUUCGAAACUGGGCCCGCUCUAAUGGUCUGCAAUCUGACCACGAUGGAACUUUUCCCAAUACAGAUCAGCUCAACCCGCACGACAAGAAGCAUUCUUGAAACACUAAUCAAAUCAGUGGACGAGGAUAUAUUGAUCCUGCUCCCCGACCAGAAUAGUGGUGAUGACAAUGGCAAAAAAAACGGACAGAGGAGAGCUCAACAAGAGAAAAACGAAGAGACAAGCGAAAAGAAUAGUGACGACUCACCCAGCGAUCCAUCAGAUGAAGUCAAGUAUAUCCUCGAGGCGUAUGCAACAUGUUUCCCGUCCGGUUUCGACACGCGGGAAAAGCUUGGCAAACCCUUGGCUCAGAUCCAUGAGCCGAUACCUGGAUAUAGACUAAAGCUUGAGAAGAGCAUGGAUCGGUUUUUCCAUAAACUCCCAGCUGGAAAAUAUCUCAAGCGCGUCAAUUGGAGUGUUACGGUGGAUGCAGAGCUGUUUUCGCCUUUUGGGGGCAUUCACGCGCACAAUGGGGAAGAAAUCACUCAACUUAAGUUGAAAGAAGUGGAUCUUGACAAUACCUUCUUGCGAUGCGAGCGUCAGACUCUCUUCCGCCUGCCGCAGUCAGGGGCGAUGGUAUUUUCAUUCCACACGUAUCGAUAUCCCAUUCAAGAAAUCAAAGAUGAGGGGUCAGCUGAAGACCUGGCAGCGGCAAUCGACGGUGUUAGCGAAGGCAGUAUUCCGGAGAUGGCGGUUUAUAAGCGGAUACCAGCAUGGGGAGAAGCGAUCAAGGAGUUUCUAAGAAGUUGAAGAAGGUACUAACUAGACGACUAUUUGCUUUCUCUAGAAUUUGGGUGAACUUUUGAUGUCAAAUACCAAUGGGGUGUGCAUGGCAUGGUGCUUUGAAUGCAUAGGUGCACUUUUUAUUAGCACCGGCCAGCUAAGUCAAACUUUUCAUGUUAAAUAUGCAUGAUUUUGUUUUAUAAUGUCAUCAUUUUCCCUCAUUUUCCCCUUUGAUAAUCAAAAUUCCCAGCAGCAGCACCCAGUUCGCUUUUCUAACGUAGUCGUUCUAAUACCUUAAUGAGAUCCGCCGAAACUCCCAUGGCAGUAACAGCACCACCAGCUCCAGCACCCUGGAUAAUCAACGGGUUCUUCCCAUAUCUUUCCGUAUAGAAACUAAUAAUAUUGUCACUCCCCUUCAGGCCCGCAAUGGCACUGUCCUUGUCAAACUUUUCCAGCCCAACCUUAACAGCGUUGCCCGCAACAUCCACGCUGCCAACAUAUCUCACAACUUUCCCUUCGACCUCCGCUUUCUCCUUGAUCGCCUCCAUCCGAUCAUCGAAUUCAGGAAGACGCUGCAUAAAUUCCUCAGCACUAGAGACCCCCUCAAGUUCUGCGGGAAUCAAGCUCUCAAUCGGGAAAGAUUCGGGGCUCUGAACCUCUAGGCCGGCAAUCCGGGCUAGGAUGGUUAGUUUCCUCGCGACAUCCAUGCCAUUCAGAUCAUCUCGGGGGUCUGGCUCUGUAUAACCGAGUUCCUUAGCCUGUGAGACAACCUGGCUCCAUUUCUGCACAGUGCUGCCAGAUGGAGCCGUCACGGGGGCGAAGUUAUUGAAUAGGAAAGAGAGAGUUCCUGAAAAUACACCCUCAAUGCGGGUGACUCGGUCACCAGUGCUAACGAGAUCGCGCAAGGUAGAGAUCACCGGCAAGCCGGCGCCGACUGUGCUUUCGUGGUAGACGAGUGAGGAGGUGCCAGCGGCUGUGUCGAAUAUGCUUUUCCACGUAUCGAAGGAAGAGGAGAAUGCUUUCUUGUUUGGGGUUACGAUGCUAAUGCCUUUGCUGAGGAAGAGGGGGUAGGCUUCCGCGAUGGUGGGAUCUGAAGUGUUAUCGACCAGCACGGCGCGACCGGGAGCCUGGGACAUGUAAUCAGCUAUCUGCUCUGGCUCCCAGGCUCCAGAUUUGGUAAAGGGAGAGGAAGCUGAGAAAGCAGAUUGCCAAUUGUCGGGAUCAAUCGCGGGGGAGUAACAUGUGGAGGGCGAAGUGGCUGUCACUGAAGAGCGGGCAAGCAGGAUCAGAGGUGGCGCAUUGGGGAGACGGGAUAAUUGAGUGAGGAAAUGGGAUCCGACGCCGCCAACCCCUGUGUAAGAAGGUAUUUGUUAGUUAGUUAAGGAAUUUUUUUUUUUUUUUUUCUCGG